AGAGCCGAGAGCCCCUGACUGUUAACGCGCGACAGACACAUCAAUCGGGUCUUGGCUUGUGGUUUCAAAUUGUUUCCAUCCCAUCAAACAAGUAAGGAACAGAAAGUAGCCUCCUGCUGAAAUGGACACCGCCAAUCAGCUCGCUUCUGGGGGGACAUUUCAAGUGCUAAAAUUACCUCUGGGAUUUAUCCGUGUUUUGGAAUGGCUUUUUGCCAUUUUUGCCUUCGCGACAUGUGGGGGCUACUCGGGGCAGCUGCGGGUUAGCGUGGACUGCGUGGAGAAGGGCAGCAGCAACCUCAGCAUCGGCAUCGACUUUGCUUAUCCUUUCAGGUUGUACCAGGUGUCGUUUGAAGCACCCGCGUGUGAGGGCAUGAGGAGGGAGCGCGUCUUCCUCAUUGGAGACUAUUCAUCUUCCGCAGAGUUCUUCGUCACCAUUGCCGUCUUUGCCUUCCUGUAUUCCCUGAUGGCCACCAUCGUCUACAUCUUUUUCCAGAACAAAUACCGUGAAAACAGUCGAGCCCCGCUCAUUGACUUCGUAGUGACCGUGGUGUUCUCCUUCAUGUGGCUGGUCAGUUCCUCUGCUUGGGCAAAAGCUCUGUCUGAUGUGAAAGUGGCCACUGAUCCUGAUGAGGUGCAGCUCCUCAUCUCUGCCUGCAAAGUCCAGACCAACAAGUGUGGCUCUGUGCACGGAUCGCGCUGGUCCGGACUCAACACCUCAGUGGCUUUUGGGUUUCUCAACUUUGUUCUAUGGGCUGGAAACAUCUGGUUUGUCUUUAAGGAGACCGGUUGGCACAAGGGUGCUUCUAGGUUGGCAGGCGGGCCGUCUGAGAAACAGGCCAGCACCUUUGACCAGCAGCCCUACAACCAGGGAAGCUUUGACCAGUCAGGGAGCUCUAACACCCAGGGAAACCUCGGCCCGCCGUCUGAGUACAGCCAGGUGGGAGGGCCCACCUCAUACACCAAUCAAAUGUAGCCGUGCCUUUUCGUUUCAUGAGUGGCAUUUCUGCAUUUCAAACCAGGGCAAUCAGAGGGUGAUAGGAAAGUCGAGUUAACUUUCCCUGUCUGCUCAGUUUAUCAUCAAUCUGUAAGUGCAAAAACAACAAAAACAAAAAAGAUGGUGUCAAAGGUGUUAAAGUGCACCCACUGUAAAUACAAGUAUUGUUGGGUAUUGUACAAAAUGAUUAGAUAUAGUCUUUUACUCCUUCUGUUUCAGAGGUGUUUGCUGAAUGUUGUAUUUCUUGUAGUUGGAAAAGCAUUCGUGACAGUUUCUCUCUCUGUGUUUGGUCGUUGACAUUCACCGUUUGACUGGAUGUCUUUUUCAAACUGGUUUGAACUUUGUGGUGGAAGGAAAAAGUGCUCUAUGUUUGUAUCAUUCUUCACGUUUUCAAGUGCAUGAUGUUGUAUGUGUGCUAAUAUGCGCUCUGUGACACUAGUAAAAAACAACAACAUGCAUUUUAUCUCUGAAAGUUUACAAAUUCACACUGAGUCAUUACUCAAAGUUUAUUUUGAUCAGUAUUAUUACUUUUUUUUAGUAUUUUGAUAAUGGGUAUUUCUAAUUCAGGUAUAGAUUCAGAAAAUGAUUUAGGGACAGUUCUCCGUUACAUUUGUUACAAACACAUUUCAGCAUGUCUGACAUUGGUUUUUGAUAACGUCAGAAAGACAAAAAGAAACCUAAAGCAAUAACUGCAUAGUGAAAAAUACACUAUACAGGGUUUGUGAACAAACAAAGUACAGUGCAGCGUGUUAUUUGUUUUCAUGGUUUUCAUUUUUUUAGUUGCAUCUGCUAUCACAUCUCAUUUUAUUUGAAUAAUGAGAAGAGGGAGAUUGUCUCCCUCGUUGUUUACAAGUGGCAGCUCUCGCUACAGAUUACUGUGACUGUUUUCCAUGCUCUCGUCAGACGACUGGAAAAUUAUAAACAUAAGUUAUACCUCUUCAAAGCAUGUCCAGAGUAUCCAUUUACACAUUUAAAGCCCAGCAAAAAAGCACAUCAGUACCAGAGUGAUAAUAGAAGAAUAGUGAAUAGUGGGUUCAUCUGUACAUAGUUAAUACUGAGCUUUUGUUUACUUCAAAAUCACCAUUCAGGUUUGUACAACUUUGAAAAAAAAAUAUGUGCAUUUCAUGUUAAAAAUAAUGAUCAAAGUAUAAUGCUUGGUUUGUUUACAUUAAUAUGACUCGUGCAACCCCGUUUUUUGACCUCCUAAGCAUGUGGCUUGCAACAGUGUAAUAAAGCAGACUGAACAUCCUUGUA